AUGCCGUCUCCAGCUUCACCAUCCCUGCAUCUGCCAGUGCUGCGCACAAGAAUCACGGAAAACACUCCGUGCUUCCCUGUGAAAUGUGAGGGUCGCAAUAUCCGCGUCACGGCGAAUUUGUACGAUGCUCUAGCCGUAUUGGGUCGCCGGAAUCCCAAUGAAGGGGACAAUUCUCCUUCAGAAAGGAAAUUCAUCUGGGUGGACGCCCUGUGCAUCGACCAAUCUUCUCUCGUGGAGCGAAAUCAGCAAGUCAAUUUAAUGGCGGACAUCUUUAAGGCGGCGCAAGGCGUGGUUGUGUGGCUCGGAGAAGAGGACGAGUUCACCCAGGACGCGUGUACGGUCAUGGAAAGUAUUGCAGCUGUUCCAAGGGAGAAGUGGUCCAAUGUGCCAUACACGGGCUUCUACGACGGGGACGGCGCCUGCUAUCACGAUCUCGGGAUUGAGCCGCUGAGCUAUCAGAACUGGCUGGGUCUAAUCGCAUUCAUGAAUCGCCCCUGGUUUUCGAGAUGCUGGGUGGUCCAGGAGCUGGCACUCGCGAGGAAGGCCAUUGUCAUCUGUGGGAGUCGGUUGCUGCAAUGGGAGCAAUUGGCCACAACGAUUGAAUUCGUCCGCGCAACGAAAUGGUAUCACCACUUGUCCACGGAGAAGAUGCGGCAUAUCCGUGAACUAAACCGAAGUCCAGGGGCGUAUCAGAAACUUCUGGCAAGCAACACCAGAUUUGGGCUUGAGCCCGUGUAUCUCAAUAACACACGGAACGCGCUGCAGUCAUAUUCCCAGAGAGACAAAACUGGGGGCCCGUCGCUGAGGAUGCUCGUGGACACUCAUAGGUAUACCAGCGCGACUGAUCCUAGAGACAAGGUCUAUGCUUUCCUCAGUCUGUCGAAUAGAUCUCAGUCACCCUCGUCCAAGCCCGAUCAGAUCAAGCCAGACUAUCAGACUCCAGUCCGCCAGGUGUACACAGAAGCUGCAUGCACUCUGAUCGAGGGCUCCCAGACCCUGUACAUGUUGUCACAUGUGCAAGAUCGAUCAUCGACCAAGGUCAAAGGACUUCCCUCUUGGGUCCCUGACUAUUCUGUCGCACUGUCGCCGUAUCCGCUCGAGUUUCGAGGAAAAUGCAACUGGUCGGCCUGCGGUAAUCUGAAAUGGACGCCACCAGGUGACGAAACAAUGCUUCGCAGAGGCCUCUUGCCAGUACAAGGCUUCCACGUCGAUACCAUUGCAGAAAGGGCCACCAUGCCGCACGAAACCACGGAUGCUGGAGAGCCAUGGGCCACUAUCGUGGAUCUCGUCUUCCAACUCCCAAAUCCUUACCGCACGCCUUCACUCGGGGGGGCUCCGAUCUCACGCCUCGACGUCCUCUGGCGCACGCUUACCACAAACACAUACUCUCGGCAACAUCCAGCCCCUUCUGAGUGUGGAGCGUUGUUCAUCGACUACAUUCUCAACCUGCAGAUACGACACCGUUUGACCCCUUGGUCGUCACAUGAAACCGAUUUUCAACCACAUCAAACACCCGUCUCGACUCUUACCAACCCCGAUUGGCAUGGUCUGUUGGCGUCCGAGCCCGAAACUUCUCCGUAUAAUCUCUCUUUCUACCGCGAUCGAUUGACCGCAUUGGUAGAGAACAUGUUGUCCAGCGACUCAUACUCCCCACUUGACCUUGCUCAGUUGCAUCAUGACAUUGAGCACGGAUCCGGAAGAUCGCGACGGCUGUUCCGAACGAAGAAUAUGAUGCUUCUAGGAACUGGUUCCCGGUCUCUUCAGGUUGGUGAUGAGGUUUGGAUUCUGGCAGGUGGUAAGGUGCCAUACAUUCUUCGACCUGUCCAGAAUAGGAUGGAUGGUGAACGCCCGGCCGACAGGACGCAUCGUCUGGUGGGCGAGGCGUAUGUUCAUGGUCUGAUGCACGGUGAUCCACACCGUUUCCGUCAAGACUUAGUGUCGACGGUCUUGGUUUGA